AUGGUAAAAAAUGCGCGUUGUGCAGUUGGAUAUUGCGAUAAUGAUAAACGCUAUCCUGAUUAUCAAGUUAAGAGGUCUCACGUAGAAAAGUUAGUUUUUCAUAAGUGGCCCAAAGAUCAAGUACUUGCUGAAAUUUGGCGAAAACAAAUUGCAAACAGCAGAGCCGAUGACUUUAACCCAAAGCCAGGUGCACAAGGUACUUUCGUUUGCUCAAAUCAUUUUCCCUUGGGAAAAAGAACCCCAAAUAACCGCGAAACGGAUUAUCCUUCGGUUUUUAUUACGCUAUCAGAGUACGAGCAAUCGAGGACUCCGCUUAAACGUAAAGGAAGAGAAACAUGGACGACAUCAAAGCGUCCUCAUCAAGCCUAUGACACCGAGGAUUCUCAUUCAAGUUUUGAUGAAAAUCCAGCAAAAUCUGAGGCAUCUUUACUCCCUGUCCCUUUGCAAUUUGAACAGUUGACGAGAGAGUAUGAUGUAAGGUUUCACACCGGCCUGCCAUCGACUAACAGUUUUAAGUGUGUAUUUGAAUACUUGCUGCCAAAAGCUAGUAAUAUGCAAUACUGGCGUGGACCCACACAGACACAAAAUGAAACAACCGCGACUCCAAAAACACCAUUUCAACUGUUUGCUGGUAGAGGUUAUAGAUCUGGUCCAGCUCGCAAACUAUCACCACAGCAGGAGCUCCUUAUGUGUUUGAUGAAGUUGCGUUUGGCAUUACUUGUUGAUGAUCUGGCUUUCAGGUUUCAAAUAUCAUCUGCUACUGUUAGUAGCACGUUUAUAACUUGGAUUAAACUGAUGUCCAAGGAACUCUCAGUUCUCUUUAUAUGGCCUAGUAGAAAUCAAACUAAGAAAACUCUGCCAAGUUGUUUCCGAAAGCUCUAUCCAAACGUACGAUGCAUCAUUGACUGUUUUGAGUGCUUUACUGAAACCCCAAGUGGUCUAGACCUAGCAGCUACAAUGUGGAGUGAAUACAAGCACCACUACACAUUGAAAGCUUUGGUAGCUAUAACUCCAAAUGGAGCAAUUUCGUAUGUUUCACCUACUUAUGGUGGAAGGGCCACAGAUGUCUUUAUUGUUAAGAAUAGUGGAUUUUUGGAACUUUUACAACCUUUUGAUGAAGUGAUGGCUGACAGAGGGUUUAAGAUUAGAGAAGAACUGAUGAUGAAAAUGUGUAGACUGUGCAUACCACCUAGCAAAACUGUAUCUAUGCAGAUGCUUCCAGAUGAUGUAAGAAAACUUCAAGCAUAG